AAAUAUUUUCGCUUUUGCCUUUUCGCAAUAUUCUUGCCUUUUUGUCCAGCUUUACUUUUUAGGGUUUUGUGUGUUCUAUAUUAACGUCUUAUGCAACGAUGUCAGCUGAGGUGGAGAGUAUUUUGAGAUCAUUUUGGGAGUGGCGUUUGAGGGAGAGUCCAGAAUUCGCGACGCAGAUUGGCGUUCAUACUUUCGACAGUUGCCUAGAUGUUCAUAGUUUAGAUGCAUAUGCCAAGCGUAAGGUAAAAUAUUCGCUUACCGCAAAGAUCACAUGACUAUUGUUUGUUUUGUUUUUAUACGCAAACGAAAAGCUCCCGAUAUCACAAAAUUCUUCCAAGUACUGUAUUUUAGAUCAGAACUCGGGCUUCCGCCAUUGAUUUUUUUCCAGACCAGGGCGUUACCAGUGUCCAUAAAAAUCAGUAAUUGACGAUCAAAUUCGAUACUAAUCAAUAGAAAUCGAUAAAAAUUGACCACAAGAUUGCUCGUCAUUAUCGAUUCGAUCGAUUUUGAUCGACAUGUAUCAAUGUACGAAAAAGGUGCGUGGUGGAAGAAAAGACUGCAUGUUAAAGUUUGUGUCGCCUGUUUUUUCUUACAAGCUGCACAGUGUUUUUGUACAGUAUGUUCCCUGUUAGCAGAGGCCUCUUUUCCUAGAAAGAAGCCUGGGCUAGCAGGGGAUACACAGACUUGCCAACCCCUAAGAGGCAAAAAUUAGAAAAAUCUUUAGUUUCUGACUUGCGACUGAUAUCCCAGUCAAGAGUCGACCAAGAUGUCAGUUGAUACAACAAUCGACAGUCCCCCAAAAGAUACAUGAUCCGAGCUGGAAAAGUAGUGAGAACUGGGGAAAAGAGAUGUCCCAAAUUUCCUAGUGGAAAGACAUACGUCUUACAUAGUGGAUUCUGGGUAUUAUACCAUGUAAGCCUCAUCUUUUAAAGUUGGAGCAGAAAAAAUCACCUAUGUUGUCACGUGGGAAUCUUAAGCAACACCUGUGCUCUUUCCACACCAUUCAGUUGAAGGGAUACUGGUAAACUGGCACACGUGAAUUUCUAGAAAUAUCUGAUGUUGGAAGGAACUUUUGUAAACAAAAACCUCUCAACCUCUUAUACGUAAGUGGAUGCGGCCAAUCAGAAAUCAGUUCCUGGACCUUUGAAAAGAAAAACAGGCUCACCAGCCACUCAUUUAGGAAGUAAACUUCAAACUAUGUUAAUGUAGUAUAGUUGAGUACGUGCACAAGAGUGGGACAAAUUUGCCGUUUUUAUGCUAGAGAAGUUAAAGUCAUCUGAGAGUUUAAAGUUGUCUUGAGAUGACUUAAUUGUCUAUUAAAGAAGACGCUAAUUAAGACAGACACAUUUAAUGUCUGAUGACAAUAACGACUUUAAUGUCUCAGACAUUAAAUGCAUCCAGUAUUAAACAGGGCAUUGUAAACUGGGAUGCAUUUAUUCGCAGCUCAUCAAGAGAUGACUUUGAAGAGUCAGUGUUCUGUAUCUUUUCUGUAAAACUCUGUUUUCUUUUUAAUGUUAUCCACUUUUAUGCAUCCCCUUUUUACACCAGUGGACCUUAAUUAAAGUCUCAGAUGUUAAAUAUGUCAAGACAACUUUAACAUCUCUAGCAUAUAAAUGGCCAAUUUAAAGUCUUUAUCCAGUGUAGUUUUUUAGCUGAGGCCAGGUAGUGACUCACAAAGCUCAUGAUAAUUAAUAUUAAUCACUGAGUUUACUUGUAUUGGUUAUCUAUUUGUAACUGUUCCUUUAAACUUCAGGAAGACUGCAAAGAAUUCAUGAAGAGAUUAAAUGCAGUUAGUACAACUGAUAUUUCUAAGGUAAACUGACCAUUUUCGUAGUAUUUUAACAUUUCUCUUGUAGAAUUAAAUUGCUUCAGGCAAAAAAUGAAUGUCCUCCAAGCUUCUAGAAGGGGUUUUGGUCAUUAUAUUGGUUAGGAACAGGUGAUUUCUGUUGCAUGGCGAGAUUCUAGAUCACUCCCUUUUCCUGAUAAAGCAGAGCCCUUACGUCACUGCCCUUAACUCGUGUCCCUUCAAGAAGUAGUAUCUUUGCCCAAACUUUCUCCUGUCCACAAAGCUUUAUUAUUAAAAUGGAUAUUAUUUUUAAGUGGCACAUGAAGGCCUGGGAUGUAAUCUGCAAUAGACCUGCAAUAGACUCCAGAAAGGAGAGAAACUCCUUUUAGCAUGCUACAGACACCAACCAUAAGAAAAUUGGGUGUCCUGUGGCACACAUGACCCUUUAACUUUGUGUUAUAAAGGGACAGGGUGUGUUGGCUUAACUGGUCAUCCUUUUUUGCUUCAUUAGGAUCCCAGUAAACACCUUCUUUAUAUACAUGGUACAUGUAGAUACAGCAUGGGGCAAAGGGUUUAUCAAGUAACUAUGUUGUUUGAAGAUCAGUAGAAUAUUAUUAAUAUUAUAUUACAGUGGGUAAGGAAUGGCCAUAUCGUCCCUACACUGAGGAUGAGCAAAAGUCCUUACAUGGUGCUUGAUACAGUAAUUUUAUUUAUUACUUUUGUCAUUAACAGCAGAAACUGGCUUUUAUUGCCAACUGCUACCAAUGAUACAUGUAAAAAUGGUCAGCUACAAUGUACAGGUUCAAAUUGACUAAAGAGGCAUGAUAAGGCCGUAGGGAAAAUCUUUCUAAUUUAACGACUGGCUAGCUUCUAGCUACCUUUAGUUUUUGACAGCUGGCCUGUGUUUAUCACUACUUUUGGGUAUUAACCUUAUCAUUCAUUUUAGACUGAUGCCUUAAAUGUGAAGCUGCUUCUAAGAGAAAUCGAGAUGUUUCUGGAAGGGUCAAAUCAUAAAAGGUUAGAUAAAUGGAAUUCCGAUGUUUUAUAGCUUUCUAGUUCUCUUUUAAAGUAAAACUCAAAAACCCAUGAACAUCUGAAAUAUUUGGGGAGUAUUAAUUGUGCUUAAUUAGUAUGUGUAAUCAAAUGGUGACGAGUGAAAUUAGGGAAUAAUUUCCAUGCGUGUUUUGUCCAAAUCCUUAUAAUUUCCCGAGCCUUUAGGCGAGGGAAAUUAUUAGGAUUUGGACAAAACGCAAGCGAAAUUAUUCCCUAAUUUCAUGAGUAUACCAUUUGAUUACCUAUUAAUAUCAUAGGUGACGAAUUACCUUAGCAAUCGAGGAUUUUUGACUUGUUUAUCCUGCAUCGUAUUGAUCGAUCGUUAACUCCACUCUCUCAAACGUUUAGAGCAGAAAUGUGGCUUAAGUUUUCAGAAUUUUUCGACAACAUACCUCUAGAAGUCCAUCUUGAUGUGCUCUUCGUGUGUUCAGGUUUUCUAAAGCGUCUUUUUAUGCCCUGUCAUCUUCAUUCAUGACAUUUUAAAACUUCGUCGCCAUCUUGAAACGGAUACGUACGGCCAGUUGCCAUGGUAAUUUAGUAAUUUCACAUGUGAUAUUACAAAUUAACGCUGAAAUUUCAUGCCAAAAUUAAGGAGUAAUUCGUCACCUAUGAUAUUAAUAACUUAACACAAUUGGACAGUUUCAUCAUCAUCUCAUAUUGCUAUCUGGCUCCAAGUGUAGAGUUUCAUAUCAUUUUUAAGUAAAAUGAUACACUGUAUGCCUUCACUUCUUAUUUUCUUUUGUCUUAAUAUAUAUUUUUUUUUCAUAGACCUGGGAAUUACUACUAACUAACACUAAUAAAAAGGGGGGCUGCUGUGCUGGUUUCAUUGCAACAAGACAACAAAGGAACAAUUCGGUCUUAUAUAAGUGAUUGUUAAUUUUUAUGCAGAAGGACUGGGAUGAAUUUCCAAUAUAACGCCGUUUUAUCUGGAAGGAGUUAUGAGUAUCAAUAUUGCAAGGAAAAAGUUUUGGACUACAAAAGGGCCUUUGUAACAUAUUUUCAGGUGGCCAGAGAAAAUUGUUACUUCCCCUGAUGUGGCAAUGUUAUUCAAAGUAGGCGAUGUGCAGUGCAAAACAAGGCAAUCACCUUAAUUUAAAGAUAAAAACCAUUUAAUUAAAAAAUGGUGUACUUUUCCUACAGUCACAAUACUUAUUAUUAUUUUCUACUCAUGAUAACUGUGUGGCCUUUGUCUUAUUUUAGCUACUUGUUUCCUCUAAUAAAUCUAGAGGGACCUCAGCUGGAAUUUUUUACACGGCUGAUUUCCUGGAUGAAAUUUGAAACCAAGGAGGAUUAUGAGAAAUAUUUUUCAAGACUGAAUGCUUUCCCAACUCAGGUGUGUAAUACCAUGGUACUAUAAGAGUAGGUAGCAACCAUAAUAAUGGCAGUGGUAAAAUUGUCUCUCAGAAAAAGAAUUGGCACUCUGUAAAAAUUUAUUGGGUUUAUUUAGCCUCACUCAAUUUGUGAAAUACAAUGUAGGUAAAAGUUCAAAAAGGAAAACAUAAGCUCAUCCUAGUUGUUCAAGUCCUCAUUAAAUGUCACAUCAGUAAUUUUUGCAUUGUAGUUGUGCAGUUGAUGUCAUGAUCAGUGAAAAAAAAUAAUUAUGUUUUUCAAACACAGCACAUGCAAUGCUGUUGAUGUAGCAUUUUUGAUGAUGUUGUCAUUGUUGUCUUCAUUGCUUAAGCUUCCUAGGUUUGAAAAGGCCACUUGGUUAUACCUUUGAUCAAAUUGAUCUUUCUCUGUGAGGUGAUGUAACUUGUUUACUUUUUCUUUCCGUAAUGACCAGGCCUCUGAGAUGAUUGCAUUGCUGGAAGAAGGAAUCAGAACUCGCUAUGUACCUCCUCAGCUUACUGUCGUAAGUGCUUCAAUAAAAGCAUAAUGGGAAACAGACUGAGAUGCCAUCUAUCUUGUAAGGCGGCUUUUCUAGCUGUGAAUGAAAUCCUAUGGUCUUACAAUUUAUUUGAAAUCUCUUCAGCAGUGCAUUCACUUGGUACACUAUUUCAAUAUUUUACAAAUUGAAAUAAUUGAUUUCAGAAUUUUUGUUGAUUUUUUGAGGAUGUUAAUAAAGUCGAUUUUACAGCUUUCUUUUUGGGAAGCUAAGAAAAGUUCUUGAUGAGCUGGGUUAAUAAUAAAUUUAUUAUUGAUUAAUUAAAACAAGAUUUGUUGAUAUUAAUUUUCGUGCUUUAUAAACAGUUUUUGGUCUCUGUGAAUUUACUGGUUUUAGGAUCCACAAUUUACACUAUUUGUUUUUGAAAUAAUGCCCUAAAAAACUUUACUUGCUUGUUGGGCAAGUAAGAAAAGCAUACACUAGCCAUAGGCUAUUAUUUUGACCCAACAUUCUUUGCACGCUGAUUUUAAGUCAGGCCGCAGAUUAUCGCGGCAUAAACGUUACUUCUGUCAUUGCGAGGGCUUUUGAGAAGAUCCUGUUAAUGGUUAAUGCUAGUUAUAAUGGAAGGGCACCAAAUCACAACUCAGUUUGUAUAUAGGAUGGGGUGGGGGGGGGGGGGGGGAAGCUUACCGAAUACACUUUUCUGUUUUUUUUCACUCCAGCAAAAGGUGUAUAAGUCUUUUGUUCCCCCAGGGGCCAGGGUAGCACGCUUCCUUGGGUGGGCUUUAAAUUAGGAGUUGACCGUUUGUAACAAUUGGUGUAUGAGAGGGGGGGCGGCUCUGUGAGGUCAAUGAUGUGUGUUGUGAUAUAGGGGGGGGAUAUGAGAAGAUAUUGAUUUGAUGGUAAGGUGUGUGAAAAGGGAAGGACCAAAACGUCCGCUGUGUGGGGGGGGGGGGGGGGGGGGGGGGGGGGGGGGUAGCUGUACGGAUACACUUCUCUGUCUUUUCUCAAUCCAGCAUAAGGUUAAUCAGUAUCUUGAUACCCCAGAGUGCAAGGCAGUACGUUUACUUGCGAUGGACUUUAAUAAGGCAUUUGACUGUUUGAAACACAACCAUUUGUGUGACAGAAACUGAAACAGCUGAGUAAGAUGUCACUCACAUGUUGCAUGUUCCAUGAGAUGUUACUCCUCAGAGAGUCUUUGCUAACUGUACACCAAUCAGAUUGGUUUUUUUUUAGCAUGACAAGAUCAUGAUGUGUAUACAUGUUUAUGUGGUGUGUUUAUAGCAUCAGACUUUGAUGAGUAACAUCUAACCCGCAUGUUGCAUGUUUGUUUAGAUGCUACUCAUCAGAGAGUCUAUGCUAACUGUAAAACAAGCAGAUUGAUCUUUUAGCAUGACAAGAUUAGAGGGUCCAUAAUACACGUAAUAAUAAUGAUGAUAAUAAUAAUAAUAAUAAUAAUAAUAAUAAUAAUAAUAAUAAUCCUGGCCAAAAUUACAGUAAAAUGUACAGAAUAGAACCUUGAUUUAAGGAAAUCCUUGUUAUAACGCUCUCAACACAAUCCACAAGCGCAAAUGUAAAAUAUACCUCGAUAUAACGACGUGAUAAAAGAUGAAUGCCAAACAGUCCAACAAGGAUAAAAUAAUUGUUUAUGUGUACAGAAGUUUUAAGCAGUUUUGUUUGCCUGUUCUUGAGUUUCUAAUGCCGUAGCUAUAUAUAGCUCAAUACUGAAAUGUUAUUACAGAAAUUUUUCAGAUCUGGAAAAGCUGGUUUUGUAAAUUAAUUAUUAACCAUACCUCGAUAUAACGUACAUUUUGGUAUUUUUCCCAAAAAUUUGUUACAGUCAAGGCAGGUCAAGCGUACCCCACAAGAUUCUAUUAAUGAAUUGAUUAUUUGAAAAAUGAAUCCGUUAGUCGUUCCUGUAACUGGUGUCAAAUUCAAAGCAGCAUUUCUGCAUGUGUAAUGAGCAGUGAAUAUUUUACGAGAACUUCUCUGUAUUUGGUCAGAUUGAAAAUCUUUGAAUGGAUUAAGUUUCUUAGAAGACAUUUACAUCAAAUUCAGGAAAACGGAGCUGGUAGAAAUUUCAUAACUGCCUCACGUGUGAAUUCAGGGCUCAUUACGCAUGCAAGAAUGUAGAGAUCAACCCUUUGAUGGACUGUGUCAGUUAUGCCGUCUGUCCAGGGUUCAGUAUUGGAGAGAGGAUGAUAUUGUUGAAGGAAAGGAACUUUCUGCCAAUAUGCAAAGCUAACAAUUAUAAUAAUAGUAAUAAUAAACAUAAUAUUGAUAGUCAAUAAUUGAUAACAAAGCAUACUAUUAAAAACCUUUUUACAAUUAAUUUUGCUUUAAAAAACAGUCAUUUUAAAGCACUAUUUACAAUAUCAUUUUGAGUACAAAAACACAUUGAACAUUUUAAUUUAGUUCAUUUCAGUUAAAAGCAAUUAAUAAUAAUGAUAAUAAUAACAAUAAUAGCAGUGCAUCAAAAAACUAAAUUUGUUCGUCAAAGUUCAUCAUUUAGUGGGUUGCAGUACACAAUUUCUGAUAUAAAGUUUAUUUGGGGAUUCAAUUAAGUUAGUAAAACUAUGAUAUAUGAAGAUACAUGUAAGUGCAAUUUUUGUGUGCUCGUAAUGACAGCUAUCUGAGCUUUUGUAAUAAUAACCAACCUGUUAUUGUUAACCCUUUAAGUCCCAAUAGUGACCAAGAUCAAUUUUCUCCUAACAAUAUCCAUAGACUGUCAAGGUCUAUAAGUUAUGAGAAUAAAUAAAAUGAUCACCGAAGAGAAAAUGCCUUGAUCUAUUAUCAAAUUCUCUCAACUAAUUCUUUAAGGAAAUGUAUGGAGAUCAGUUGUUUGGAGAAUUUGUAUGUUGAUACUGGGGCUUAAAGGGUUAAUAAGUGUUCGGGUCAUUUUGAGGCUUCUAUGCAAACAUUCUUUUGGCUCAUCAUGCAGUCUCAGUAGACUUUUUUACAUUAACGCAAAAAAUGUUCGAGUGGGAGAAAAAUUCAUCUCACUCUGAUUCUGUUGAGCAGGAUUUGAUAAAUGGAGUAAAUUGGGGAGAGUGCUCAAUAAGAAUGUGCUAAAUGUACAUACAGUUUUGGAGUCGUAAAAUCCACAGGAUUCUGGGUACAAGAUUGUACGCAUGCACAAAAUAAGCCCAAUUUAUUUUGAACCCUCCAUGUGCAUGUUUACAGUCGAAAAAGACAUCUGUCGUCUUAUAAAACUGGGUAGGGAAAUGAACGGAUGUUGUCUUAAACAGGGAUUUGAAGAACUUUGCAGCAUUCCCCUAGUUCCCUUCAUGGCCUCCUUAGGUAUUAAACCUAUGUAUUUUCAAUUUUCUACUACAUGUACUCUAAAGGCCCAUGUUCCUGAACAAAUUAUGAAAGUGAUAAAUGCAGCAUUUACAGAAGAUAACAGUGUUUUUACACCACUGAAGAAGUUUCCAGAAACCUUUUCAGUGGAGGAAAGGUGUGUUCUGCAGUUUUUGUUGUAGCCAAGGUUUUCGUGAAAAUAAGGUAGUCUGCUUUGCAGCUGUUUCUUGGGAGGGAGCGUUGCGUGACGACACAACGAACAGCUGUGAAGCAGAAGACUUGGGACUCUGAGGGUUAAAUGAUAUUAAUUUAAGUUGUCUUUCUUUUAUCUUGUUGUAUUUAUACCCUCGGUGCCUCUCCCUUAUUGAUCUAACCCGGUACGUUUGGUGUGCAGUCCUAAGCAGGCUGUACAAAUUCACUAUUAAUUAGCGUCUUGAACAUGGCCGGUGUGAAACGUAGGCAGAGCACUGUGUGCUGGAAAGACUUCCGGCACCGUUGCUCUUAAUCCACUAGAUUCCCGUCUGUUCUGAAUUGCCAAAUUGUGAUGGAUCACGUGCUCACUUAUUACAAUCAUGAAUGUCGUGUCCUUUCUUGGCUAUAUUCCCGAAUCCCUUUGAAAUGGCCUAGGGAGGUAAGGACAAUUUUGAAUCCGAUCAGUUGUGUCACUUACUGUAUUCCCUUCACAGGGCGUCAUUCAAAGAACGUGGUGUUAGACUGAUAGAGGAAAAAGUGAAGCCCGCUUUUAAGAAAAUCCAUGACUUUUAUUUACAUGUGAGUAUAAGUUGAACAACUGAAUGUUGCUCGCUCUAGAAUAAUUAUGGUUAUUUAAUACAGUGCAGUUAUUUACUACAGUGCAGAGUGGUUAAUGCUGCCAAAGAUUUAAUAUCAGUUUUCUGCUUAUGGUUUGCAGAAGUACAUUCCCCAGACCAGGCAGUCCAUUUCAUGCAGCGAAUUUCCAAAUGGAACUGCAUUUUACAACCAGGUAAGAAGUGUAGACAUGGUAUUAUGUUGUGUAAGAGCUGACCCGAGAAGGACUAGCUCCGUCGGUAGAGUGCUUGACUUCAGAGUGGAGGAAGUUGUGGGCUGGAUACCCAAGGAUGAACCAAUAUAUCCAGGGUCUUAAAUACAAUGGUACUGGCUUUGCUUUGCAAAUGACAAGACCUUCGUGUUGCUCGGACGAGCACGUAAAGUGGUGUUCCCUCCCCGGUGGAAGACAUGAUUUAGUGUAUUCAAUAUUAUUAUAUGUGCAGCUGUAGUACUUUUGUGCUAAAUACACCGAUGUACAUUGACAGUCCAAUUUUUUGUAACAUUCGAAAAUGAGUACAUGUAAUAUUAUCAUGGUGUGGCCUCCGCAUGAGUUGACUGUUUUUUUUUUCUGUAACAUGCGAUUUCCCAUAAAAACGUAGUAAUUCAUUGUAACAUACACUCUAUGUAGCUCUUUCAUUAAUUGACUCUUAAAUACCACAAUUAUUGAAUUAUGAAUCAGGCGUUAAAGUUCCACAUUGCCUGUGAUAUGACAGCACAAGAAGUUCAUGAAUUGGGGCAGGCUGAAGUCCUACGAAUAAGGUCAAGAAUGGAUGAGGUAAGUACACUUUGCGGUGUUAAGAUUUUGGACAUUUUAAUCCUGUUAGCAUCAUAACUAAUGCCUAGACCAAGCGUCGAACUUUUCAUGAGACGAACCAAACUAUAAUUUGGAGGGAGGAGCGUUGUGUGACGACACUAAAAACGGCUGUGUAGCAGACUAACCUAAACUAAGUUAAGAUCGUCUGUUGGGUCAGACGUCGAACUCGGGACUCGUCGAACUCGGGACUCGUCGAACUAAUCAACUGAAUCAGACCAAAAAGCAAUGUUAAUAAAUUUUCUCCCAAACAAGACUACGGUAAAUAAUUAUACAUUAUCAUACUAAAAUUUUUAAUUUAUUAGUUAGUUCGUGGCAUAUGAAGAUCGACGUUUGUCCACUGAGGAGACGAUCUUCAGAAGUUCUAUCCGUCUGAAGCAGACGGAUUAAACUAAAACGUGUCAUUCACGCGCAGAAUGAAGGCAACGUCCUUCAGGCCCCGGCGUCGACACAAAUCCAGGUAAGUGUUCCCGUCUGAAGCAGACGGAUAGAACAUGAUUGACGAUUCAAACUCAUUCAGACGAACUUAACUUAAAACACUAAGUUUGGUUUGUGUCAUGAAAAGUUCGACGUUUGGCUCAGGCCUAAGCCUUACCACAACGGUCCUACCACAACAAACCCCAGCUCCACAUUGAGUGUUGCUGAGGGGUAAUCACUGUUAGAGAUCUGGGCAGGCUGAAACUGCUACCUAGGUCCCGUCCAUGUAAACCAGGGCGAGUUGACGGGCGAGUUGAAACCACGUACUCAGAGGCCCAGGCCCCGUUCACACGAAUCUGGACUCCGGGGCCUGAGGGACGUUACCUUCAUUCUGCACGUGCAUGACACGUUUUAGUACAUCUUAAUUUUCCUUUACUGUGCAAUUAGGACAUGUAAUUUCCUUAUACGACGUUUUGUGGACAUCGUAAGCGCACGACAACAGUUUUUUUCUUUCUAAACUUGAGUGCAGUCCCAAUAAUUCUACUUGGGAAAGUUCACCUACCUUUGACAUUUUAAACGAGUUGGAAUAAUCACGAUAAGGUGAACAAAAAGUUGGAUCACAAUCAUUUGCCGAAGUGAAAAAACAACAAAAAAAAAAACCUCGGCUCCCUGUUGAGAUCGAGUGCCCGGGCCUCCCCUUCCCCACUACUUACCUAAGGGUUUGUAUGCACCACUGUGCAAGCAGCAUUACAGUACAGUUUAUUUGCUUUCUUGUAGAUAAUCAAGCAGGUUGGGUUUGCAGGAAAUUUCAAAGAGUUUCUAGAUAUGCUUAGAACUGACAAGCGUUUUUAUUACGACACAAAGGUAAAUUUUAAUUUUAUUAUUAUUAUUAUUAUUAUUAUUAUUGCUAUUAUAAAUAUUAUUUGUUUUUAUGUUAUUACAUUUGAUUUACGUAACAGUAUAAAUAUGGUAACAACCAACUAAGAGUUGCAAUGACGAUGUUAUCCCUUAAUUAUACAAUACAGUAGUAAAAUGAAAUCUCUUGAUGUGUUUCGAUCGAUGAGACAGAGCAUUUGACCAUGGGCGUUACUCACACGCUUUAUUGUCCCGAGAGACUGAAAAUAGCUUUGUUUUGCUACCCCCGACCUCGCAGUAAAAAACUUGGGAGCGAGGCUAGGCAGGUAAAGCAAAAUUACUUUAGUCUCUCGGGACAAAAUGGCCGUCAUGUGACAAAGGUCCAUUUGCACGUUAUGGUAAAAUAGUGGACCUUAGAACCUAGUCUUUUCUUACCUGGAAAAUGUACAUAAACGAAAAACAAGCAUGAUUCUGCCCGAUUCGGUUAUCGCGCAAGUCAGGACCUACCCAUCCUGAAUCGUUUUACAUUCGUUUUCUACUGCUCAAUUUGAAAUUAGAACUGCGAGGGAUCACAUUUACAUUUAUUUUGAAUAGCAUUGCCAGGGGCGUAGCCACCCUAUAAACCUGAAGGCCCGGGCCUACAAAUUUUUGCUUUGAUCACUCUACCUCUUGUUAUAAAUUAUUCCUUUUUGGGGGUGAGCUAAAAGGCAUAAGAGGUCAAAGUGUUAGUGAGGACUGUGCAGGCCUACAACUAGUCGAAAAGCUGGCUACGCCCCUGAUUGCUAUAUUUGCUAUACUUGAUGUUUUUUAAAAAAAACAUCAAGUAUGACUUUGUAGGCCAUUUAGAGGCUGGGGAGUUUUAAAUUACCUUUUCUUUCAGGAAGAACUUAUAAAUGGCUAUAAAGAUCUAUGUGAGAACACUAUUAAGCCAAAGCUAAAGGAUUACUUCAAGGAAAUGCCCAAGACACCAUUUGAGUAAGUCCCCUGACCGAGCAGAAUUGUCAAGAGUGCGCUUGUCGGGUAGCCUCACACGCAGACGUUCUUUUGGAUCGUCACGGAGAAACGCGUGACGGACCCCUAAGAACAGCUGCGUCGAGGCUACUUGUUGGGAUUUUCCGCUGCAGUCGCGAUGCAAGAGGUCAUAAGAAGGGUAAAAACGACGAACGCGCUUCCUUUCUCAUUCAGCCUUGCCCUCCCAUGUGCCUGUGUGUUCUUGAAGUUUUCCCAUGAUCCUUUUUGCUGCACGCCAAAAAUUUCCGCGACCCCAUUGGCUGCGACUACCGCCGGAAAUCUCAAGAAGCUUAUUGGUUUGAGGCAAGUUCAGAGUGGUGUGUUUGUAGUCAAUUUGUGGAAUUUCUCUAUUUACUAAAGUUAUUCCGUUCAAAAUCACUUAGAUUUGUUUAUAAUACACAGGAUUGCCGAGACGCCUGCAGAUGCUGCCCCCGUGGCUCCAGCGGCUUACUAUAUGGGUCCCUCUGAGGAUGGCACAAGGCCUGGACAAUUCUGGGUCAACACCUACAAACCUGAUACGAGGUAAGCAAUGGAAGUCCUCUUUUCACUAAUAUACACUAGUAAUAACCGAAGGUUACAGAGUGCGUGCGAGAACGAUCGAAGGUCAAAACGCUUUUGCUUCAAACGCUUAAGUGUGCUUUGUAUUAGCCAAAACACGCGUGGUCAUAUUAAGAGUGAUACAAGGUCCAAACGCGCGUCAGAUCAGAUUGCGUGGAAGUCCAAACGAAGCUGGCUACAUACGUGCCGUGUUCGCGUAAAGGAGAUUAGGUUUGCGGGCUUCUCUUGUCGCCUGCAAUUAAAUUUGUUUGUAAUACGCAAUGAGAUUACAACCGAUUUGGCCGGCCAGCUGAUACUUACAUUUUUCUUGCAACAGGCUAGCAAAUAAUAGUUCUUUUUACCUGACUGACCUCAUUUUAGUAGGACAUUGUCCUUUCACCGACUGUCAUUUACAGCUCUGUUGCUAGAAGUAUUUCCUUGUAUUUUUUUUCUUCAGACCCAAGUUUGAAAUGGUUUCCCUUGCGCUUCACGAAGCUGUUCCAGGUCACCAUUUACAGGUAAUGUGUUCACGUAAUGGCUCUUUUGCCUGAUUACUUCAGACGGGCAAAUUUCACCUCCAAGUCUCCAAGGUCAUAGGAUCGACUCCUGGUGGGAUUAUUCGGGAUUUUUCUUGCGAGCCGCCUGUGUCACUGACUGAAAAAACAUCCUUCUCGUGUAUUCACCAGGCACAAAAUUCACCAUCACAUCUCUAUCAUUGCGUAUGAUAUACACAUACAUGUACCCUAAAUCUUCUAUUACGUCCCCUUCUCAAAUAAGCCCCCUACCUCUAAUAAGCCCCCCUUUUCAGGGGAAGAAAGUUAAUAAGCCCCCUCCCCUUCCCCUUUUUAUUCUUCACUGAUAAAUGAUUGACUUAAUUAAUCAAUAACGACUGAAGAACUUCGUUUGGACUGAUCCAGGAUGGUUUAUUUACCGACUAGAAGUUCGGAUUUCAUUCUGAUCCUUAGUUGCAUGACCUCCAACCUUCUUGUACUUGAGAUUUUCUACUUUGUAUUCUAGUUCGUUAUAAGAACUGAUUGUCUGAUACCAUCGUCUGUUCUAGAUUAAAUAAGCCCCCCCCCCCCCCCCACCCAUCACCCCCCCCCCUCUCCUUGCCCCCCCCCCCCCCCCCAAACCUCUAAAAACCAAGAAAAAACAAAACCCCCCACGGGGGCUCCUCGGAUAUUUUUUCUUUUAUUUUCCUUACUUUGUCUUCAUAGUAUUUUUUUACUAAAAGUUUGGUUUUCUAUCUCACUCUUAGUUGCAUUCCCCCCAACCUUCUUGUACUUGGGAUUUUUUUCUUUUUUUUCUAGUUCGUUAAAAGAACUGAUUUCCUGAUACCAUCGUCUGUUCUAGAUUAAAAAAGCCCCCCCCCCCCCUCACAAAUAAGCCCCUCGUCUCCAUUAGCCCCCUCCCCCCCUCAAAUGAGCUUAAAAUAAAUUAAGAUAAAUAAGCCCCCGGGGGGCUCAAUAGAGGAUUUACUAUUGGCAUUCUAGUCCUUGCAGUAUGUAGGAUGUUUGUCACAUGAACCUAGUUUAGUGGCCGUAGCUCCCAUGAGUCUCCUAUAGCUCAGUGUGUAGAGCAUCUGGACCAGAAGGCCAUAGGUUCGACUCCUGUUAGAAGUACUCGGAUUUUUCCUUCCGAUUCUCCUGUGUUACUGACUGAAAAAUCAUCUUUCUCAAGGCUCCUUUGUAAGCAAACUUCUUCGCAUUUGCACUCUUUGUGGGUGGUUAUUCUUUUCAACUUUACUGCCUUCUCUUGGAAAUUCAUUUAUGCAAAACUAUGCAACUUCACGUUUUCAAAACGAGGCUUGGUGGAGAGAUUUGUUCGUCUGACGUAACAAUGCAUAAGGGCUAUUGUUAACGCUGCGCGAGAGUUGUAGCUUUUCAUUACUGAUAAUUAACGAUUUCCUUUCAGACUGCAUUUGCUAUGGAACAAACGGAGCAGCCUUCGUUCAGGCGCUAUGUUGAAGACAGACGCUACUAUGAAGCCCCAGCUCGCUUUGCUCUCCAUACCGCGUAUAUGGAGGUAUGUUCAACCUCGUUUCCAUGGUCCUCUCCUACAGUAAGAGCGGACCCUGGGAACGAGGUUGACGUAUGUUUUGUUUGUUUGUCUGUUCAUUCUUUUGUUCUUUAACUAAGGCCCAUUCGUGAAAAAAAAGCUUCGUAUUAUUUGCUAGAUUGAAUAUCCUGAUAGUUAUUUUUCAGAUUAAUUCUUAAUCCUCAAUGUCAUCCGAAAUCAGUGGUCAAAAUUCACAACCAUAACACUCAGAGUUGCCGCCGAGUUCACGCGCACCCCACAUUAAACGGGCCAAGGUUUUGUUGUCUUUGAACGUCCCCACGUUAUGGAAUUUUUUUUCACUUUCUGCCGAUUAGUCGAACAGGCUCUCAUUGUUCAGGAAGAAAAUUAUUGAAUUUUUACUAACAAAUUAGUCUAGUUAUAAGUUUUUCUAAGUUUUUUACUUAAUUGAGAACGAAAACUACUUUCUUCAGAUUCUUAACCUGUUUUGUUUUCUCUUAGGGCUGGGGCCUAUACUGUGAAUAUCUUGGAGAGGAAAUGGGUUUGUAUAAAGAUCCGUACGACUUGUAAGUAUAUUGUUGU